UAUCAUUAUUUCCACUCCAAAUGGCACACAACAAUAUAGGAUCGACUGACACGUGCGUACUAUGUAGUUCACACGUACCAGUUAAUCUCCAGAUUCCAAGUAAAAAAAAAAAAAGUGACCAAUUCUAAAUUAAGAAUCUCUCUAUUUUCUCCCAAAGAAGAAGCCAUCACUGAAGAAAGAAUAAAACAUUUGGGGGUUUCGCUAAUCCUUCAAGGUGUGACCUGAGAAUCACAACACAAACUAUCUUCAUUUGAAAUCCCUUUUUGAGUCAUCAUCAUCAUCACCAUGUGGAGAAGAAUCGUCUCCUCUCAACUCAAAACCCUAGCCGCCGAUGUCGUCGUCGCUGCUUCUCCUCGUCGAUCGUUAGCCGCCACCGUUAGACCCGUCGGUUUCUACCUCGCCGCCAAUCGAUCAGCCAUUUCCGCCUCUUCUUUCGUUAUCCCUCGCCAUUUCAGCUCCGAAUCAGUGGAGACUCCUGCGAAGAAGAAGGUGGAGGAUGUAAUGCCAAUUGCAACUGGACACGAGAAGGAGGAGCUUGAGGCUGAACUUGAGGGAAGGAGGCUGGAUGAUAUUGACUUCCCUGAAGGUCCUUUUGGAACAAAGGAAGCUCCUGCUAUUGUGAAGUCUUACUAUGACAAGCGAAUUGUGGGAUGCCCUGGUGGUGAAGGCGAGGACGAGCACGAUGUUGUCUGGUUCUGGCUGGAGAAAGGAAAGUCUUUUGAAUGCCCGGUUUGCACUCAGUACUUUGAGCUGGAAGUGGUUGGUCCUGGUGGGCCUCCAGAUGGUCACGGUGAUGAAGACGAUGAGCACCACCACUGAUUCCGGCCUCUCUCUUGCCGCAAAUUUUUCUUUUUUAUUUGCACAUUUUCAUAUAUUUUAAAAAAUUUAUGACUGGAAUAAAAAAGAUUAUCUGCCGUUUUGGUGAAACACAGUUGAAACUGUUUUUGAUCCUUUUAGAACAAGACUCGGUAUCAGAGUUUCCAAAGUGCCAAAACUCUUAUGACCGUUGUUUUUAUUUUUGUAACACUCUUGAAUUAGAAUCAGAAUCAUUCUUGCCUUUUGCUUAUUA